AUGUUCCGUCUUACGCGUCCUCUACUCAACCAAGUUCUCAAGACGACUACAGGCAUCGCGGGCCUACACGUACACCACGAUCCCCUUCCAGAGCUGACGAGACUCUAUCAAUCAACACUCUCUGAGCUCUCCGCUAUUCCGGAGACUUCAGUCUACCGCCAAGGCGUGGAGGCGCUUACCGAGCGAAAGCUGAAGAUCGUGCAGGGUGCGAAUGGAAACAUAGCAGAGGUGGAGAAGCAGCUCGACGAGGGCCAGAUUGAGGUGUCGUUGAAUAUUGCCCAGGACGAGCUGAGCUUGGUCUCGAAGAUGAUCGAAUGGAAGGCGUGGCAACCCUUGGAGGAGAAGCCUGAGGCGGGACAGUGGCAGUACUUCGGGACACCUUCGUCGUCGUAA